CAGUGAAGUUCGGUGGUGAGAUACACCUGUUCUGUCCGUACAGUGCGGUUCGCGCGGACUUUUAAUACGGUGUGUAUCGUCUCUAUCCAAAAGUGGUGUAGGAAGUGCAUUUCCGUAUUUAUCAAUCUCUGAGACUGUCCGUAACGCUGGUAAAUCCGCAAAGAAAAUUGGCGACCGGCGAAGAGCUUCAGCAGCUGGUUUAAAGGAACUGCCUUUGAUCGUUCGCGGUGGCUCCUGAUACAAAACAGCGAGAGAUUAUCAUAUCUGGCUGCAGGCGUUCACGCGCGUUUCCAAUUUCACGAGUAGAGAAGUUUGAUCGAAACGCAUCGGAAAGAAACCAUCGUUCGGGGCAAAGAGACGCACAGCUGGAACACAGAUGGGGAUGAGUUAGUCUAGGUAAUCUGGAGGCCUCAUUCCCCCAGCUGCAGAUUUUCGGCUGUUAAAGACGCUGUGGUGGCCGUGACAAUUGGCAUCGUAUCGCGAGGGCGUGCCUGACCCGAGGGAUGUCACUUCUGUCACCUCGGGGGGGCCGGAAGGCUCCCAUCUUGUGCUUCGCGGGGUUACUUUUCCUCCUUGUUCUUUAUCAGCUCGGAAUCAUCUGCGGACCCGGAAAGGAAGGGCCGACCCCGGUAAUGAUCGCCAAGGAGAAAUUCGUAAUCGGUGCUUCGGACCACAAAGCUUAUCCCUACGACAGAACUAUGCCGUUGAUAUUCAUCGGUGGUGUACCGAGGUCGGGAACAACUCUGAUGAGAGCAAUGCUCGACGCUCACCCGGACGUCAGAUGUGGUCAAGAGACGAGAGUCAUACCAAGGAUUCUACAGAUGAGAUCCCAUUGGCUCAAGUCAGAACGAGAAAGUGUACGACUUGAGGAAGCUGGAAUCUCAAAAGAGGUGAUGGACAGCGCCAUUGCAGCAUUCUGUCUCGAAGUUAUAGCGCGUCACGGUGAACCAGCACCUCGUCUAUGCAACAAGGAUCCUUUGACCCUUAAAAUGGGAUCGUACGUUCUCGAACUAUUUCCUAACGCUAAAUUUUUGUUUAUGGUUCGUGACGGGAGAGCUACGGUCCAUUCCAUAAUAUCGAGAAAGGUCACCAUAACAGGGUUUGAUUUGACGUCGUACCGACAAUGUCUUACGAAAUGGAAUCACGCAAUUUCCGUUAUGCAUGGUCAGUGCAAAGAAGUUGGCUCGGACAAAUGCCUCAUGGUACCUUACGAGCAGUUGGUUCUACACCCGAAAGAUUGGAUGAAACGAAUAUUGGCGUUCCUCGACGUCCCAUGGAACGAUUCGGUUCUCCACCACGAAGAAUUCAUCAACAAACCGGGGGGCGUACCGCUGAGCAAGGUUGAACGGUCUUCGGAUCAGGUAAUCAAGCCCGUAAACCUCGAGGCGCUGACCAAGUGGGUCGGUCACAUCCCGGAUGACGUCGUUCGCGACAUGCCGGACAUAGCCCCGAUGCUCUCAGUUUUAGGAUACGACCCUUACGCCAAUCCUCCGGUUUACGGAGCCCCGGACAGCCUCGUCAGCGACAAUACCAGAAGGGUGUUGGCGGAGGGACCAAUUUGGGCGGAAAAAGUAAAGCAAUUGGCGCUCCAGGAAAGGCCGGUGCAGCAAGUAGCAGCUUUUGAAGAAGAUGCGAGCGAUUUGCCAAACGCGUGACACCGAUUUUACCUACUUUUAGGGACACGCGAGCACAAUUUUAACAUGUACAAUUAUUACUACGUUUGAACGAAGGAGGCAAGAACAAAAUAAGAAUGGAGGAGAACAAAAAGAAAUGCUCGAGGUGCGGUAAUCAUUAUGGUUGACAUCAAUAAUUAUAAGUUAAUUAGUUAGCUCAACAACAUCGAUAUAAUAAUAAUAAUGAAUUUACAAAAUCUUAUUGUUGCAACGACAUUCAAAUAAUUCGCAAUGUAGAUUCAAGUGAAUCAAGUAUCAAGUGUUAAUCGUUUUUAUUCAUAUACCUGAAUGUAUAUCUACCUAUACAAUACACGCGCUGCUGUUAUCUGAAUCGAAUGCAAAAAACAUUUCCCGACCUAAAAAUCGCGCUAGGAAGUGUGAAAAAAAAUUAAUAAAUAAAUAUCACCAAUUACGUUAUCGUUAUACAGGAGGCAAAGUGUCAGGAUGCGUGUAAUAUAUCAAUUGUAUCCGGAUUCUUAGAUGACAAUAAGGUUUAUUAUUAAAAAAAUGAUUUUUUAGCGUCCUUGGAAAUUGGUCACAAUUGUUAUAAUAAUUAGAACAAAUGCAUUCGUAAUGCAUUAUUUGUUAAAACUUCACAGUAUGAGUUUCGAAUGUGAAUACCUAUGAUUGGGCAACUUGUUGAGUGAUAAUUUGUAUGAUCUGCUGCGCUUGAUUAAUAUUGAGCAUACUAUACCUACCUACCUAUAUGUAUGUAAAAUAGAUUAAUAGAUAUUCAACAAAGUCUACUUAAAUAUAAUAAAAAAAACUCUCAAAAUAUAAUUAUUUAGAAUAGAAACAAGCCGUUUUCACAAUACAGGUUCAGAGUCAAAGAUCAAAUUAAUUCAUAGGUAUAAUGUAAAAUGAAUAUUUUAUUGUCUUGGUCACACGAAGAGCUAAUAGACAACGAGAUCACUAUCAUAGUUAUUAUUAUUAUCAUCAUUAUUAUCAUUGUUAUAUUACACAAUUAAUUUAUAACAUAAAGAAAAGUGAUUAGUUAUUAUGAUUAUUAGCACAAAUAAAUGCACAGUACUUAUAGGUGUAGAGAAAUAUCGACCAAUGGCCAGUGAGUCUAUGGGUACAUAAACUCUUAUUAGGAUAUCCAGAAGAUGAACGAAGCACACGAAUUAUCAGAGAAGUCAGAUUAAUUGUUUUUUUUGCUUUUUGUUGGGAAUAGAAAAUGUCUUCUUAUUAGCGAAAUAGUAAGUAGUUUAUUACCUAAUUACGACGACGCGGUGCCCUCACUAAAAUUAUUUCGAACAUAAAUCUGCCACGCGCCAAAUUAUACGGUGCUGACCGUGAUUUGGAGAAAACAAGAUAAAUAAAUGAAUGAAAAAUGAAAGGCUUAAUCAAAACAUGUUUUAUAUUAACAUGUGCUUACGUUUGCCAUAAGUGUAUCAAAUGUAUUUUGAUUCUGUGUAGCUGGCGCUUUAAUAAUCAAACGAAUAAAAUAUAGGAUAAGUUUUCGCUUCAUGUUCACCUGCUGCUUCCAUAAAUAAUUUGAAAAUUCAAUGAAACUGGGAGCAUUUUGUGGAAAGAGAGCGGAAGAAAAACUGUAAGAUGUCACAAAUAUCUCGACAAAUAGGUAGAUGUCGAUUUUUGGAUGGACAUAGAUCGCACAAAAUUAUUGUAAUAAGUUAUGUAAAAAAGAAAACAAGCAAAUUUAUUAUUAUAAUUGAUUAUUGUUCGCGAUACGCGAGUUCGCGGUUGUACAGAAUGAAAGAAAAUGUUUAUGAUGUUAGCUAAUAAUACAUUAUAGGUAUUUUGUGUGAAAGUGAAAAAAAUGUAGUGCACAUCCUGAUGUUUAAAGGACACGUAAAACAUGAAUACUUUCAAAUGUUUGUAGACAUGCCGUUAGUUGAUGCAAUGGCAUUUUAUAAACUGCUUUUCAAAAAAAAACUAAAUUAAUUGUAAUGAUACAUCCUAAUUUUGCUCCAACUACACUUACGGAUUUAAUUUUGACAUUGUAAUAAAUACUUGUAAAAGUUGUUGUGUAUGAUUAUAAUACCCAGAACUAAAAAAGAAGAAAAGAAAAAUGAAUGAAAUAAUGACAAAUAAAUUAUUUUAAUAUUAA